GGCUGAGGCAGGAGGACCACGGGAGUUCACAGCCAGCCUACAUGCCCCUGGCUCCACAGGUCUAAGGCCUCCUUCCUCUUAGACUGAGAUGGCAUCUGUGGACUUCAAGACCUAUGUGGACCAGGCCUGCAGAGCAGCCGAGGAGUUUGUCAAUGUCUACUAUACCACCAUGGAUAAGCGACGGCGCCUGCUGUCCCGCCUCUACAUGGGCACGGCCACCUUGGUGUGGAACGGAAACGCGGUUUCAGGACAAGACUCCUUGAGUGAGUUCUUUGAAUUGCUGCCCUCCAGCGAGUUCCAGAUCAAUGUAGUCGACUGCCAGCCCGUCCAUGAUGAGGCUACACCAAGCCAGACCACGGUCCUUGUUGUCAUCUGUGGGUCAGUGAAGUUUGAAGGCAACAAACAACGGGACUUCAACCAGAACUUCAUCCUCACUGCCCAGGCCUCCCCCAACAACACAGUGUGGAAGAUUGCAAGUGACUGUUUCCGGUUCCAGGACUGGGCCAGCUAGUGGGUAACCAAGGCCUGGGCUGUGGCCCUAGCUCUGGAGAGCACCAUUUCUGCUCUCAGAAUGUGAGGACAUGCUCCUUUGUUGUUCCAGUGCCAUUGACUGCAGGUGCUGAGGCUGAACUCCUUGUGUUGAUCCCAGGAGCCCUUUUCUUGAGUGUACACUUACUAUCAUAGUUGCUUUUUAAAAGUAGGAAACUUUUCUAUUUUUCUAUUUGCCUGGUAGAGACCUGGUUCUGGGUAUUCAGAAAUAAACUGUUAAUACAA